CGUUUGUGCUGUCUUGACAUUUUUUUUAUUUAACGAACGUUUGGAACGGCUGUACUAGCGCAUAGACCCACAGUGUAUUACAUUUUUCGGGAGUUCGAGAUACGCCAUCUCGAACCGACGAUUUAUGUUGAUACCAUUCUAAACGGUGAAUGAGAAACCGGUUUGCUGUCUCAUUACUGCUAAAGCGCCUACACAGUUAGCCAAAGCUAAUUGACGUGAAUACAGCAGUUUGCUCAGAUGGAGAUGGGUGAUUGUAAAGGAGGCACAGGUCUACGGCAAUACUACUUGUCUAAGAUAGAGGAAUUACAGUUAACAGUAAAUGACAAGAGCCAGAAUCUUAGACGUCUGCAGGCACAGAGAAAUGAGCUCAAUGCUAAAGUGCGCCUCCUUCGUGAGGAGCUGCAGCUACUGCAGGAGCAGGGUUCCUAUGUCGGUGAAGUCGUGAGGGUCAUGGACAAAAAGAAAGUGCUGGUCAAGGUUCAUCCAGAAGGGAAAUUUGUUGUGGAUGUUGACAAAAACAUUGAUAUCAAUGAUGUGACGCCCAACUGUCGCGUGGCCCUGCGGAACGACAGCUAUACCCUGCACAAGAUUUUGCCAAACAAGGUGGAUCCCCUGGUCUCUCUCAUGAUGGUGGAAAAGGUUCCGGACUCCACCUACGAAAUGAUUGGUGGCCUGGAUAAGCAGAUUAAGGAGAUUAAAGAAGUUAUUGAGUUGCCGGUCAAACACCCCGAGCUUUUUGAGGCUUUGGGCAUUGCACAGCCAAAGGGUGUACUCCUGUACGGACCUCCAGGUACAGGGAAGACCCUGCUGGCCAGAGCUGUGGCCCACCACACUGACUGCACCUUCAUCAGGGUGUCUGGGUCUGAGUUGGUCCAAAAGUUUAUUGGAGAGGGUGCUCGUAUGGUUCGAGAGCUGUUCGUCAUGGCUAGAGAACAUGCCCCCUCAAUCAUCUUCAUGGAUGAGAUCGACUCAAUCGGUUCGUCUCGGCUGGAGGGCGGGUCGGGGGGCGACAGUGAGGUGCAGAGGACAAUGUUGGAGCUCCUUAAUCAGCUGGAUGGCUUCGAGGCGACGAAAAACAUCAAGGUCAUCAUGGCCACCAACCGUAUCGACAUUUUGGACUCGGCUUUGCUCAGACCAGGCAGGAUUGACAGGAAGAUUGAGUUUCCUCCUCCUAAUGAAGAGGCCCGUCUGGACAUUCUGAAAAUCCACUCCAGAAAAAUGAACCUGACACGUGGCAUUAACCUGAGGAAGAUUGCUGAGCUGAUGCCUGGAGCCUCUGGUGCAGAGGUUAAGGGUGUUUGCACAGAGGCUGGCAUGUAUGCUCUGAGAGAAAGGAGAGUUCACGUCACCCAAGAGGACUUUGAGAUGGCUGUAGCAAAGGUGAUGCAGAAAGACAGUGAGAAGAACAUGUCCAUCAAGAAGCUGUGGAAGUGAAAGGCCUUGCAUAUUGUUAAAUCAUGCAACAUUGUUUUUGUUAUUUGUUUGGUUUAUAAUUGUUACACAAGUAUAAAAUAAAUAAUUCCCACAAACCAAA